AUGAAUACAGAUUCUUCAUCUUUAUCAGUAACUAAUUCAAUAUUAAAAUCACCAUCAUCAACAAAUGCAGCAAUAUCUACCUCAUCAUACCUUUAUCAACUACACCUAGACAAAUUCUUAAGCCAAAAAGAAAAUAUAAAUAAAUCGAUGAAAUCAAAAUCACAAAUGCGAACACGUGAAUCAACACCAAGAUUACCAUUAUCAAGUGAACGAUCUGUAUAUUUAACUAAAUUAAUUGCAGAUUUUAUCAUUUAUAAUUAUCUUCCUUUAUCAAUUGUCGAAAGUCCUUAA